AUGCCUAUUGCAAGAGAUCGAGUUGAACAAUUACAAGUACAAAAACUCAUUUAUGCUGUCAGAAUAGAAGAUUAUGAGCAAGUAAAAAAAUUAUGUGAAAAAGGUGUCGAUUAUUUAGUUAAUUAUAAUGAUCCUCAAUGUGGUCUGACAGCAUUGAUUGCUGCUAUCACAGAAAAUAAUGAGAAAAUGAUACAAUAUUUGAUACAGUUAGGUGCACAUCCCGAUGUGAUUGAUUUCAACGGUCGUACUGCAAUGAUGCAUGCUGUGGAAUAUGGCCAUGUUAGUGCAUUACGAUUGCUCAAAGAUGCUAAAGCAGAUCCAAAACUUCAAGAUUUAGAAGGAAAAGAUGCUCUUUAUUAUUGUUUUACUGAGCCAACAAACCGUCAUAAAUUAUGCUUAAAGCUUGUAUUAGAAAUGGGCGGGGACGUGAAUAAUCGAACACAUGAAGGUUUACCCAAUUUGGUUUAUGUAUGUUCAGAAUCGGUGGAAAAAGAAGAAUUUUGUUUAAGUUUAAUUCAGCAUGGAGCAGAUACUAAACUCGUCGAUGAGAAAACAAAACGAACAGCUCUUCAUAACGCAUGUCUAUCUGGAAAUGCAAAUGUUGUACGAGCAUUACUUCGGAAUAAAGCUGAUGUCAAUGCAUUAGACAAUAAACUUUCAUCACCUGUUCAUGAGGCAGCAAAAGGAGGUCACGUUGAGGUGAUUCAAGUAUUAUCUGGCUAUGGUGCCAAAUUUGACGUUUAUGAUAGUUUAGGUAAUAAUCCAAUACAUUAUGCAGCAGGUUCAAACGCGGGAAAUGCUAUACGUUUUCUUGGUCAAAGAGGUUGUAAUCCAAAAGUAAAAAAUUUGGAAGGACUCAUACCGAAGAAAAUCGCUGAUCAAAACAAGGCAAAAGAUGCAAAAAAGAAUAUGCGUAAAGCCGAGAAAUUCUACAAUGCUAUGAGUGCAAAUUUGCAAAUGAACGAGUAUCGUGACUGGAAGUUACUAUUAUACGAUUACAUCUAUGAACAUCGUGAACGUAUUGAAAAAUUUUUUGACGAAAUGGAUGAAGCUAAAACUGGAACGAUUUCGGCUGAUAAUUUUAAAAAGUUUCUUGAAGAUGAAGGUUUAUUAACGUUUUUUAAAACGGAGGAUAUUAAAGAAAUUGUAGAAAAACAUGAAAAAGAGAAAAAUGAAUUAGAUUAUAAAGCAUUUCUAACCGGAAAAAAGUAUAUGACGAAACCUUAUUUAAUGUCAUCGUUCGAGAGCAAAAAGAAAAAGAAGAAAAAACCAAAAAAAGGCAAAACACAAAAAGGUGUACUACCAAUCGCCAUUCAAGAUGAAGGACCCAGAACAACCGGUGGUAAUCCUCCUCUAAUAUAUCAACCACAACACAUUCAUCAUACAGAUAAUACAAGAUUUUCACGAGCUAAUCCACCGAAACAUGCUCUCGAAGAUGAUUGUAAUUAUAUCUUUGUUCUCAGAGACAUAUCAUUUUUUCUAAUCUUUUCUUCUAAAGCACCAUGGUAUUUGAAUAAACCAGAUCUGGCAUUUACUAAUCUUUGUGAUGCAGCGUAUAGAGGUGAUUUACAAACGUUACUCGACGCUUAUAGACAUGGAAUACCUGUUGAUAUCACUGAUAAAUUCAUGAAAACACCGUUAAUGGUUGCUUGUUCACAUGGAGAUUUGAAUACUGUUCGGUUUUUGUUAACGUGCGGAGCCGAUGUUAAUAUGGCGGAUAAUUUUAAAUGGACAGCGUUACAUCAUGCUGCUCAUUCUGGACAAAUCGAUGUUGUUAAAGUAAUUGUCGAAGCCGGUGCACAGAUAAAUGCUGAAUCAGUGACAAAAGCGACUCCAUUAAUGCGUGCAGUCGAAAGUUCGUCAUUUCCCGUCGUUGAAUUUUUAAUAAAUAAAGGGGCGAAAGUUAAUCACGAAAAUAUUUCUGGUUUGGAACCAUUGACAGUAGCCGCUGAAUUUGCUGAUCCAAGAAUUUAUCAUUUACUUCAUGAAAGAGUAAACAGUGUGCCAAAAUCGAAAAGUAAUUCAGAUUCUAAAAACCAACCGGAAACAGCGGACAAAGCAAAAACAGAAAUUCAUUCUGUUACUACAUUACCGGCAAUACAACCACUACAACCACUACAACGAACACAAGCACAACGUGUUUCUCUCUUGCAGGCAGCAGCUGAACUAGCAAAAUCGUUUGAAGCUGCUGAAUCAAUUCCAUUUCAUCCAAAAGCGAAAUGGCCAGAACAGUCAUCCACUCAAGAUACGAGUCGAGAAAAGGGCGUUUUGCGCGAGCGAUAUGGAUGGGAAGUGAAUUUGCACGAUUUUAAAAUGCCAUUUAUGGAUAAUACGUCAAAACGGUUAGAAAAAAUGACGCUCCCCGAUAUUAAAAUUUGA